AUGGACCGGACGCCGCCAGCUGCUGGUUGCCCCGGAAACCGAAACAAACAGGCGCGAGGAGAGCUGAUGCGCGCGGCGGGGCGCCAGCCUGUCUAUCUCCAUCUGGAAAGAGCGGGAAAAGUUGAGGAGGAGGAGGAGGAGGAGCAUCUUCAUCUUCUGGGCUGCCUGCUCUGGCCCCUGGCAGUUUCUUCCCGAGGUUUUCACCAAAGUGAAAGGCUCCGUGAGCUUGCAAAACCAAAGGAGGCAAAAGAUGUAUGGAACUUUAGUCGUAAGUUAGUCUGGGGAAACCAAGAUAUGAUAUGGCCCCUUUCCUCCUGUACUCUGAUGAGUCGACCAAGCACAAGAACCCUGGCUUUGGCAAAACCCAAGACAAAAUGUGAUGAAAAUCUACAAAACAGGUCCCUCUUCUUGUACAGCUGUGGUCGGGAAUCUGAAAUUUGGCAUCGUCCCCCAAGACUGUAUUCUAUAAUGCCAUCCAAACGCAUACUGCAACUAGCAGAACCUAGAGAAUGCUCAACAACUUACUUGAAACAAAGGCCACGAACCUGCCCCCAGUGGCCUGUCAGCUUGUCAGCACUUAGUUGUAAAGCUUCCCAGCACAUUCUGAGCCUUGCCCAACCAAGAUCCCUGCAUCCGUGCUUCACCCUUCCAAGAGAGUCUGAAACGCACAUUUCGAGGGCUGCAUUGAGAGCGACAUUAACCCCAAGGACACAGCGUCUUUCCCAGCCGAUAUUUAAGAAGCAUACCCUGUGCUAUGACAACAGAUUCAAGGAGGCCCCAAUCCGAGAAGUAAGCCUGGCUGCCCAACAAGCGAUGGCAAGUCCAAGGGUAGCAGAGCUUGCUAAAGCAGAAAUGCUCCCUGGUAACUGUUCCCCGGACCGUCCUGCUGAGUGGCCUGUGUCAGCGGCAGCAAAGCAUGCAGUGGCUACCCCUAGACUUGAGGAACUUGCUCAGCCGCCUGCAAGGGCCCCAACCAACUUUGUCCAGUUUAACCCAGAAGCCUUUACUGUAAAGGAGUCUGCUAAGAAGACAACAUGUUCCGAAAGAAUCAAGCAGCUUGCACAGCCAACUCAGCGCUGA